UAAACAUCAGCGAGCUCAGGGAGGCGAAUCAUCGGACGGAAUAUGGCGAAGCCGCUUGGACCGACCGGGGAGUUCUUCAGGAGGAGGGACGCGUGGAGGAAACACCCGAUGCUGUCGAAUCAGUUCCGCCAUGCCACUCCGGGCCUUGGCAUCGCCCUUGUCGCCUUCGGCAUCUACCUCGUCGGCGAAACCGCCUACAACAAGAUCUAUGCUCCUCAUUCUCACUCCACCUCAUCUGCUUCUCAUUCCCACUGAGAGCACUCAUCUCUCAAAAGAUGAACCAUUUAUCUGGUGUGGAUGGUAUUCUAUGUCCCUUACCUUGGAUUAUCUAUUCUUAAUUUCUUAUCAAUAAUAUCAAACAUGGACUUGUCUUCAAUUAGGCCGAAACAUCUCACUAUAACUGAUUUGCCAUUAGGUGGUUUGUACUGGCUUGUGUUGCAAAGUUUGAUGGUUAUUUGACGACGAACUUUAUUACCAUUUUCUUCCUUUUGUCACGAAGGAUAUUCACAUGUGGAUAAACAUCCCAAACUUGCAUAUGUAACUUAAAUACCCUAAAUUAUAUAUAAAAAAUUAUUUUCACACCAUUAUCAUGCACUAUUUCUUUUAAAGAAUACAAAUUUGUAGUGUUGAUUGCAUAAUUUAAAAUAGCAAAUCAAAAGUGUUGCAAUUAUAUAGAUUGGGGGUAGCAUUAUUUAUUUCGCAAUAAAGUUUAGAAUGUUAAUUGUUUCUUCGUGAAUUCUAAAAUAUUUUAAAUUAUGCAAUUAACACAUGAAUUUACUUUUUUGGAAGAAAUAAUAUUUGUCUAUGCUGCUAAAAUAGCUUUUUCUAGAAAGUUUGGGGUACUUAAGUUAGAUAUGCAAGUUUGUGGUGUUCAUCUUACACCCUUUCAAAGUUAAGUUUGAUGUAUUAUAAUUAUUUUUGCCUACACAAUUUAAUUAAGUUUGUGACGUGAAAACUUUGUGAAGUUACUUUACAUCUCUUGAACAUCCGAUGAAUAUUUUAAAAAAAAUGGAGCUUUGCA